AUGUCUGCUAACAAAGCAAUUGAGUCUAAAAAACUGUUUACUCCGCAGAGGUUGGCUUUAACAGCAGGGAUCGUAGUUGGUCUUUCAACAUUGAUAGCUGUGUGGGCGCUCAGCGGCGAUGUGAAUGCGGGAACCACUGUUUUUGCUUGGGCAGGGGCAAAAGGAGUGCAUAGAAAUAUGGCACACAUGCUCAGCAAGCGAGCUUCUUGGUUUCGGUCUGCUGUCCUCGGGGCUAUUACCGUGUUCUUUGGAGUGAUUUCAGCCGCGACAGCUAUAUGGAUGAAUGCUUGUGGUCCAGCUAUUACUGAUGCUGUCGGUAUAACUAGAGACUCUAAUGAUCAAGACAACGUGGCUCCUUGCGCUAUAUCAGGCGCAGUUUUAGCUGCUGUAGCUUUUGCAGGAUCCACUAUAUCUGCAUACGGAGUGGCAGCAGGUUGAAUUUUUCUAGUGCUUCUGGCACGGUUUCAAAGCGUGAUGGUGACAAUCCCGUUGAAGGGGCCUUCAUGCAAAAGUUACUCCCCAAGGUUCAUGCUGAACGUAUAGAUACUAUUCAUCCAGCGCUCCACACCUUGUUUAAUGAUUAUGCUCAAGAUCAUUAUAAAAAUGUGACUUCAACACCUAGAAUAUACUCUAAUCACUCGGAAGUAAUUGAGUUGUUGGGGUACACCUUCACUUACAAGAGCGAAUACGGAAACCACACUGUUAUAACUGAUACUACUGGACACGAGGACGCAAUAAGGACGCUAGCUAACUUCAAUGGAAUCGACCACGUGCUGUCUAGCAACGCUCGGAUAGUUAACGGCACUGGGCUACAAAAACGAGAUGAUACAGGUUUUUGGGCAUCAUAUACUGAUUGGGGUACCAACACGGGUUAUGAUCAAGAUAUGUUCAAUUGGGACGUGUAUGGCACGUCAGCUCGGCAGCACUCAACUGGAGAUUUGGAUGGUAUGGUCACCCACGUUCAACCUUGUACUAAUAGCUAUUACUGCUAUGGGUUACGCAGCAAAAUGUGUUUCGCAUAUGGGUUCUCGGACAAUCAGGGCAAAGACGACGCCUUGGUUGGGGAAGUUUACUACGAAGGCUAUGGUGGUCUAGACAGCGAAUGUGACCGGGGAUAG